AUGGAGCGCGACAUUUGGAAAGACGACGAAUUCUCCGAUCUCGUCGUCUUCGAGAAUUGCCUCCACACCUUGGAUUUCUGCACCGCCCUCGAUUCGUGCCUCAAACGCGCCGCGUGCAUCGAAUCUAUCGUCAAAGUCGCCCUCCGCAAAUUCGACGACGACCGAGCAAAUGCGGGGAGGAAUUACUCGAGAACUCUGGCGGAAUUGAGGAAUUUCAGCGCCGCGGAGGAGCUGUUCACGCAGGAGUUCUUCAAGGUCUUCACUCGCGUCUACGCUAAGCAGGCGUUGAUGCUGGAGAGGCUGCAGGCGAAGAAGCAAAACCUAGACAUAAAAUUGGGGAAAUUGCAGGCGUGGAGGAAGGUAUCGAAUGUGAUAUUCGCGGUGACAUUCGCCGCCGUUCUGGAAUUAGAUGGAUUGGAGAUGGAUGCUCGUAGAUGGAAGAAGUUGGUGAAAGUCGAGAAUUAUGGAAGAAGCUGA